CUAGGCUGGGGGCGGAGGGGCCGGGGAGUGGGGAGCUUUAUCUUCGCUUGCGGCGGGGCUGAUUGCGCUGCCGGUCUUGGACCCCGGGAGAGCUGCCCGUAGCCCACCUUCCCGCCAGCCUCGCUGCGAGGGCUUCCCGGCUUUGGCGUUCUCGCCCGCUGUCGGGCUCCGGCCCCAGAAUUUCUGCACCCAGCGUGGAGCUUGAACCCACGACCUGGAGAUCAAGAGUUGCACGCUCUUCUGACUGAGCCUGCUAGGUGUCUCCUCCUAGACAUUACAAUGGUGGGUGAAGAGACAACAUCUCUCAGAAAACGGCCGUCAAGGUCCGGGGAAAAUUUUGAAGAAAAGGAAGACGAGAGAAAGCCUUCAGAAGAGUCUCUAGGGAUAUCUAGUAAUGGUAGGAUUGACAUAAAACAGUUGAUGGCAAAGAAGAUACGGUUGACAGCAGAGGCAGAGGAAUUGAAGCCAUUUUUUAUGAAGGAAGUUGGCAGUCACUUUGAUGAUUUUGUGAACAAUCUCAUUGAGAAAUCAACAUCAUUAGACAGUGGUGGGUGUGCCAUCACGAGCUUUUCUGUUCUUGAAGGAGAUAAAAACUAUAGAGCUAAAGAUCUCAGAGCACCUCCAGAACAUGGAAAGAUUUUUGUUGUAAGGCGGUCUCUCUUAGACGAGCUGUUUGAAGUGGACCACAUCAGAACAAUAUAUCACAUGUUUAUUGCCCUGCUCAUUCUCUUUAUCCUCAGCACACUCGUAGUAGAUUACAUUGAUGAAGGAAGGCUGGUGCUUGAGUUCAAUCUCAUGUCUUACGCUUUUGGCAAAUUUCCUAUUGCCAUGUGGACGUGGUGGACCAUGUUCUUGAGUACACUUUCAAUUCCCUAUUUCCUCUUUCAACAUUGGGCCAGAGGCUACAGCCGGAGUUCUCAUCCAGUGGUCCAUUGUCUCAUCCAUGGCUUCCUUUUCAUGGUCUUCCUGAUAGGAGUUCUAGGUUUGGGACCAACAUAUGUUGCAUUAGCUUACACGCUCCCACCAGCUUCCCGGAGCAUUGUCAUACUUGAACAGAUUCGUUUCAUAAUGAAGGCCUAUUCAUUUGUCAGAGAGAAUGUGCCUCGGGUACUAAAUUCAGCUAAGGAGAAAUCAAAGAUUGUUCCAGUACCCACAGUCAACCAGUAUCUGUACUUCCUGUUUGCUCCUACCCUCAUCUACCGUGACAACUAUCCCAGGACUCCCACUGUAAGAUGGGGUUAUGUCGCUAUGCAGUUUUUACAGGUUUUUGGUUGCCUUUUUUAUAUGUACUACAUCUUUGAAAGGCUCUGCACCCCCUUGUUUCGGAAUAUCAAACAGGAGCCCUUCAGCGCUCGCGUUCUGGUCCUAUGUGUAUUUAAUUCCAUCUUGCCAGGUGUGCUGAUACUGUUCCUUAUGUUUUUUGCCUUUUUGCACUGCUGGCUCAAUGCCUUUGCUGAGAUGUUAUGCUUCGGUGACAGGAUGUUUUAUAGGGAUUGGUGGAACUCUACAUCAUACUCUAACUAUUACAGGACCUGGAAUGUGGUAGUUCAUGACUGGCUAUAUUACUAUGCUUACAAGGACUUUCUUUGGUUUUUCACGAAGAGAUUCAAAUGGGCUGCCAUGUUAGCUGUCUUUGCUGUGUCUGCUGUAGUGCAUGAAUAUGCCUUGGCUGUUUGCUUGAACUUUUUCUAUCCAGUGCUUUUCGUGCUCUUCAUGUUCUUUGGAAUGGCUUUCAACUUCAUUGUCAAUGACAGUCGGAAAAGGCCAUUUUGGAAUGUUAUGGUGUGGACUUCCCUUUUCGCGGGCAACGGAGUCAUCCUGUGCUUUUAUUCCCAAGAGUGGUAUGCACGUCAGCACUGUCCUCUGAAAAAUCCCACAUUUCUGGAUUAUAUCCGUCCGCGUUCCUGGACUUGUCGGUACGUGUUUUAGAAGCUUGGACUCCCGUUUCAUUCCUUGACACUGAAGAUGGGAUUUCUGCCUGAUUUGGGGCCAGCAUCUGUUUCCAGCUGUUGCUGAAGUUAUCUGUGCUAUUUGGACCACUCCAGGCUUUACAGAUGGCUUGCUCCAUUCCUAGGUCAGCUGAGAUGUUGGAAGUUUACUGGAAUCUUGUGCACUUGAAGCAGUACUUUUUUUUUUUUUCCCCCUACCUUUUUGGGAGAAGGGAGACUGAUAGCUGACAUAAUGACAGAUUUUUGCUGGCUUUUCGUUUUUUGACUCCAUCUAAACAUCAUGACUAAACAUGUUUUCUUGGCCACUGAAUUAGCCAAAACACGAAGGAAUCAUUUAAAUAUUUUAGGCUUAGAAAUUUUUUCAUGCACACUGUUGGAAUGUAUGCUAAUUAACUGUGUACUUGGGAAAGAAAAAAUAAUGUGGAACAUUUUGCUGUUUUUAGUAGAGGGGAAAUAACUAGUUUCCAAAGAUAAUCUUGUUAUAUAUCUUAAUUGUAUUUUUUUUUUUUUUCGGAAAGAAGUACAUACAGUUCUAUUCAGUUUUUGCCUUGUUUCUCUAUAAGGUGUAGGUCAUAAUUUCUGUGAAGCAAAAUUACACCGUUCAUUUUGAAUUCCUGAGUUUACAUCCGACAUAUUAUAAACUGAGGGGGACAGAAGUAGGAAGGGAAAAAGAAAGAAGUGACACAGGACAAAGAAAAACGCUUCCUUGUACAGUUUCCAAAGCAAUUUUUAAAGACUUGCUGAAUCAAUCGUGUGUUUAAAUUAUUUUAUCAUGGAAUUUAUGUGGAAGGUAACUGCUUUGUUUAAACUUUAGGGUAAUAACUUUUUGGAAGUUAUUUAGAAGUACCCUUUGGUAUACUUAUUGUUUAAUAAAUACUGACUUGAAACAUUUUGCACACUAAUAAGUCUGUGACAUAUAAGUAUUAAUCACCUCCAUUAAUAUUAAAGUGAUUUUUAAAGAUCCAGAAGCUGGCUUCUGCAUUGCUCAAUUAUGGCAUUUUUAACGGUAGUAUGCUUUAGGUGAAACAAAUUAAUAUGUGAUCAUUUUGAAGAAAAGGUACUCUAUUAUGUGAUGUUUCCAUGUUAUAAGAUGCCCAUUGCUGAUAAAGUGUGGUGUGCAGGAAUUGUUUUGUUCGUACUUAUGAGGUGUGAUUAUGUUUGUAAAGACCAAGCAUUGAACGGGAUAUCCGCGACCAUGUAGUUGAAGUUUCCACUCAGUGAAGUGAGACCGAAGAAUUACUCAAAAGAGGAUUCUUACUUGGAGUAGCCACCUUGAGAAGUUAUCUUGGUGUUAUAACAGCCCUACUUCCAUCCAAAAAGUUUUGGGACACCUUUUUGGAAUUGUUUUAAAGUCUGUUUGAGUCUAAGAAGGUAAAUAGACUUUGUUAGUAAACACACUUGAAUUUGUACCACAAGUAUCCAGCCUCAUUACCAAUUUUAUUCCAAUACCUUUGAUCCAUAUGAGUUCAGGCCAUUCCCAAACACCAAAUCCAGCUUUUUAACAGACAAAAGUGCAUGUGAAAAGAGGUUAUUUUUUAAAAAGUAACUCCCAUGUUCCCAAGCGGUAAUUGUCUAUACAGUGGUCUGGUAAUUGUAAUGGAGCCAUAACCUCCACAGAUUGCUUUAAUAUAGCUUGUACUUUCUGGCAUUUUUAUUAAAAAUUAAAAUGAGUCAA